AUGCAGAGGUAUUCACUGAAUCGAAAUCUCAUUACUAGCUCAUAUGAUGAAAAUGACUUAAGAGAGCAGUAUAAGAUCAUGAGGACCCUGGGCCGCGGAAGCUUAGGGGAAGUAAAGCUUGCCGAACAUCUCAGCACACAGACCAAAGUGGCCAUAAAAAUUCUUCAUAAGUGCAAGAGGGAUCCCCACCAUAAAUCAGAAGUAGAAAUUAUGAAAGACCUUGAUCACCCUUAUGUUAUUAAGAUGUUCCAAGUGAUCGAAACCACAUAUAACACCUACAUGGUUCUUGAGCAUGUGGCAGGUGGAGACCUGAUGAGAAGGAUUGAGAAGGAGGGCCAUCUAAAAGAGGAGGUGUCUCGUAGGGUAUUUAAACAGCUAGUAUGUGCCCUACACUAUUGCCAUGGGAAUGGGAUUGCCCAUUGGGACAUAAAGCCGGAAAACAUACUAUUGGACGAGCACGACAAUGUUAAAUUGAGUGAUUUUGGGUUAAGUGUCAAACUUACCUACAGGCAGCAGAGGCUGGCAUCUUUCUGUGGCACAUUCUCCUACUGCGCCCCAGAAGUCUUUGAGGGCAAUGGGUACGACAGCUUCGCAAUUGAUACCUGGAGCUCGGGUGUUGUACUCUAUUACAUGUCUACGGGGUACCUCCCUUUCCGGGGUUAUACCUACGAAGGUAUAAAGCAGAGUGUCCUGAAAGGCAAGUACAUCACUGAAUUCAAGCUGUCGCCAGACCUUUGGGAAGUGAUCACUAAGUCGCUAACUGUAGACCCCAGAAAAAGGCCAACAAUAGGUGAUAUUAUGAACUUUGCAUGGCUAGAGAACAAUGAUGGAUGUUCUCUCAGUUUAGCUGAAGAGAACAGCGACAGCCAACUGGACCCCAUUGUCAUGGUGAUCAUGAAUGACAUGGGGUACAACUCAGAGGAUAUAAAGGAAGCUUUACAAAAGAAAAACUUUGAUGAUACUAUGGCGACAUACUUGCUUCUGAGGCAAAAGUCACCCUGGAAGGACACCUUAAUGAAAACCGUGAUGCCCUGGGAGCCAGGUGAAAACCUGAACCUUGUAGAGCCCCCCAGCUUUCAACUGGGCCUCCAGAAGGCAUCUAGUGCCCUUACCGGUCCCAUCAUUUUGCCCACUCAAUCUGAACUUCUGGGUGAUGAAAAGAAGAUUGGUAGAAGCCCUAAUAUUCCCUGCCUACACCAUACUUACAAAACCUCUAUGCAGUAUGGUCUUGACACUCAAUGUAUGAGCAUCAGCAUCAGCGGGGAGAUGGGGAGAAGGAGCAUCUGUGGGGAGAUGGGGAGCACCACCUCUGAGUGUACACCAUCAGCCAUCUCAAAGCAGUCAUCCCAGGAUGUGGCCACAGCUGAUACUGACAGCUUGAACAGCAUGUCUCCACAGGAUAUGUCACCUUAG